CGCCAUCUUGGACUCGGGCUGAGCAAUAAAUUGCUCGGUAGAGGACUGUGAUCUCUCUGUCCAAGCGUGCCUCGCUGUAGGAGUGUCAGUGGUUCCGCUCCGCGUUGCAGCCCUCCGGCCAGCGGUCUCCGCGUGGUGCGGAGCGAGGCCAGGCGGCCCCUGCUCUAGGCCCGCGUCGCCAUGGCCGCGGUUCCCGAGUUGCUGCAGCAGCAGGAGGAGGACCGUAACAAGCUGAGGUCUGUGUCUGUGGACCUGAAUGUUGAUCCCUCACUUCAGAUUGACAUACCUGAUGCACUCAGUGAGAGAGAUAAGGUCAAGUUUACAGUGCACACCAAGACUACACUGCCUACUUUUCAGAGCCCAGAGUUUUCUGUUACAAGGCAACAUGAAGACUUCGUGUGGUUACAUGAUACUCUUAUUGAAACCACAGACUAUGCUGGCCUUAUUAUUCCCCCUGCUCCUACAAAACCAGAUUUUGAUGGUCCUCGAGAAAAGAUGCAGAAACUGGGAGAAGGUGAAGGGUCCAUGACCAAAGAAGAAUUUGCAAAAAUGAAGCAAGAACUGGAAGCUGAAUAUCUCGCUGUCUUUAAGAAGACUGUCUCCUCUCAUGAAGUAUUUCUUCAGCGGCUCUCUUCUCAUCCUGUUCUCAGUAAAGAUCGCAACUUUCAUGUUUUCCUGGAAUAUGAUCAGGAUCUAAGUGUUAGGCGGAAAAAUACCAAAGAAAUGUUUGGUGGCUUCUUUAAAAGUGUGGUGAAAAGUGCUGAUGAAGUUCUUUUUUCUGGAGUUAAGGAAGUGGAUGACUUCUUUGAGCAAGAGAAGAACUUCCUUAUUAACUAUUACAACAGGAUCAAGGAUUCCUGUGCUAAAGCUGACAGAAUGACCAGAUCUCAUAAAAAUGUUGCCGAUGACUAUAUUCACACUGCAGCCUGCUUACAGAGCCUGGCUUUAGAAGAACCCACAGUCAUCAAAAAAUACCUAUUGAAGGUUGCUGAACUAUUUGAAAAACUUAGGAAAGUAGAGGGUCGAGUUUCAUCAGAUGAAGAUUUAAAGCUGACAGAGCUUCUCCGAUACUACAUGCUCAACAUAGAGGCUGCGAAGGAUCUCUUAUACAGACGCACCAAAGCUCUCAUUGAUUAUGAGAACUCAAACAAAGCUUUGGAUAAGGCCCGGUUAAAAAGCAAAGAUGUCAAGUUGGCUGAGGCACACCAGCAGGAAUGCUGCCAGAAAUUUGAACAGCUUUCUGAAUCUGCAAAAGAAGAACUUAUAAAUUUCAAACGGAAGAGAGUGGCAGCGUUUAGAAAGAACCUAAUUGAGAUGUCUGAACUGGAAAUAAAGCAUGCCAGAAACAAUGUCUCCCUCUUGCAGAGCUGCAUUGACUUGUUCAAGAACAACUGAUCUAUCUGCCUUUCUCUGAAGGAAACAAAUGUGAAAAUUGCAUCACUUGCACUUAAAUCAUUACCAUAGAAUAUGAUUAGCUUUGACUUUAGUUUAAAAUUAUGUGAAUAAAUAUUUUGAUUUCUAAAAAUCUUAACACUUAACCAUGUUGGUUUAAAAAUAUUUUUAUUGCAUGCUUCUUGGACAUAACUAAUUUUUUCCUUAUGCAUUUAAUACCUCAGAGUGGGCAGAAUCUAAAUACUGGAUUCUCCUGUAGUUUGUCUUCAGUUACUUAAAAGGGUGUAGAAGACAUGUGCCUUCUGGAAUAAGUAGAAGCAAUCACCAGGCCCAUGUCUUGUCACCCUGAUUCAUGUGCCCAUGUCCCUGCAGACUGAUUCUGUCAGGGAGGUGCCAGUUUAACAAAUAACAACAGCUAUUUGUUAUAGCCAACGGACAUUCCAUUCCUUCAUUGGGUGUUUUAUUUUCUCUUUGUUACACUCAUGUUCUUGAGUCACCUCAAGUGUUUGUAUAAUAACAAGGGCAAAAAGAUCUCAUUUAUCUUUGUAAAAAUCCUUUGCAGUUCCAUUUUUGUAGUUGGGAUAUGAAUAUUUGAGGGGAGAGACGUACAUAGGGGUAUAUAUAGAAAUAAACAAUAUGGCCUGCUUUAGAAUGGCUGCUCAAGAAAGAUGUAAGGUCUUUCCCUGAUGCUGGGGGAAUGCGUGUUUGGGCUUUCGUUUUUAUAAACUAUACAAUAAAAUAAUAAAUCACA